GAUCGAUCGAUGCACAUGGCUUUUGACUCAGUGCUGUCGUCUAAGCACGUCUGCGUCGUCGGUGCUGGGCCCACCGGCCUCGUCUCCGCCCGUGAGCUCCUCAGGGAAGGCCACUCCGUCGUCGUGCUAGAGCAGAACCACGACCUCGGCGGCCAGUGGCUCUACCAAGAUGCCGCCUCCGCCACGGCCACAGUCCACAGCAGCGUCUACGCUUCCUUGCGCCUCAACGCCCCCAGAAUUUACAUGGAGUUCACCGACUUCAUGUUCACUCCCGUCGAAGGAAGAGACACCAGGAACUUCCCCGGCCACCGCGAGCUCUUCCUCUACCUCAAAGACUUCGCCCGGUGUUUCGGGUUGAACGAACUCAUCAGGUUCAACACAGAAGUAGUCCACGUCGGCACGGCGGCAGCAACUGGCAAAUGGAUUGUGAGAUCAAGGGAGAGGAGAACUGAUGACGGUGAGUUCAUGGAAGAGAUCUUUGAUGCGGUUGUCAUCGCCACCGGCCAUUUCUCCCUACCCAGGCUCCCAAAAAUCAAGGGAAUGGAGGAGUGGAAGAGGAAGCAGCUUCACAGCCAUGUCUACAGAGUCCCAGAGCCAUUCCAAGAUGAGGUGGUGGUGGUCGUUGGUGGUUCACUCAGUGGAUCAGAGAUUGCUCUGGAGCUUGUUCAUGUAGCCAAAGAAGUCCAUAUAAGUACUAAACACACCGAAAUCCCUCAUAAAUUUGUGAAGCCUGUGGCCAAGUAUGCACAUCUGCUCUGGCAUCAACAGAUUGAGUUGCUUUGUGAAGAUGGAACUGUUCUAUUUGCUGAUGGUUCAAGUGUAGUUGCUGAUACUAUUCUCUACUGUACUGGGUAUUCAUAUUCAUUCCCAUUCCUGGACACCAAAGGAGUCAUCCAUGUGGAUGAGAACAGAAUUGGACCUUUGUAUGAACACACAUUUCCUCCCUCUCUCGCUCCAUCCCUUUCUUUCGUUGGGAUUCCAAACAAGUUUAUCAUCUUUCGAUUUUUUGAGUCACAAGGGAGAUGGAUAGCUCAGGUGCUCUCUGGGAAGAGGAAGCUGCCUUCGGCAGAUGAGAUGAUGAAGGCAAUCGAAGAAGUCGAACGCCAUCAAGAGCUUGAGGAACCAAAAAAUUUCAUACAAGUAAUUGCUGAAUUAUUGGAGUACUAUGAUAGGUAUGGAGAUCAAUGUGAUUUUCCACACUUGGAAGAUUGGAGAAAAGAGAUCAGUCUGAAGUUCUUCGAAAAUAGCAUAAACAAUAUUGAAACAUUCAGGGAUGAAUAGUAAUGAUGCUAAUUCAACAGCGGAGAUAUCUGGGAAGCCAAUCCUAAUUGUGAGUGGCCAUCGCUACAAAAUCCACAUCGAAGACACUCGAUUCAUCGAGUCAAAUGUGGCUGCUAUAAUAUUUCCCUUUGAAGAAGAUUGUAUGUGAUAC